CCCAUACGCCAUAAUUAUGACCAAACGUUACUUUCUUUCUCUUUACAAAUUCUUUUCAACACGAUCAGAUCCUACACCCAAUCCCACACCAGCUCAUGCUUCAGGCACAAACGUAAUUUCACUCAAAUUCCAAAACCUUCAUUUAUAAAUACAUUUUCAUGCGUAUGUAACACACUAUAUAUUCUCCCAAUUCACACACACACACGCGCGCGCACCGCCACCGCCACCACCCACCGCCGUGGAACCCACUAGCUAACACAACCAGGCUUUCUUCUUUCUCCUCAUUCUCGACAACCCAUUUUCCAUUUCCUAGAAAUUCGGAUACCCAAUUGGGAAAAGCAAACAGCUUUGCAGAUACCAUACUCUGUGGUGAGAAAAAGCCUCCACCUUCAUUUCGUAUUGGACUCUGCUUUUUCUUCUUCUUCUUUUUCUUCCGCGUGGAACGGCGAUGAAGUAGUUGGCGUUUUGAGCAAAACGCCGCCGCAGAAUGCUGUGCAGGAAGAGCUCCAAAAACGGUGUCGCUUCGGGAUCGGUCCCGGUGUACCUCAACGUCUACGAUCUGACACCGAUGAACGGUUACGCUUACUGGUUCGGCCUCGGAGUUUACCAUUCCGGCGUGCAAGUUCACGGCGUUGAAUUCGCCUUCGGGGCUCACGAGUAUCCGUCGACGGGGAUAUUCGAGGGGGAACCAAGGAGGUGCGAAGGUUUCACUUUCAGAAAAACGAUUCUUAUCGGAAAAACCGACAUGGGACCCGGCGAGGUGAAGACGGUUAUGGAAGAACUCGCCUCUGAAUACAGAGGAAACGCUUACAAUCUCAUCACCAAAAAUUGCAACCAUUUCUGCAACGCUGCGUGUCUAAGACUCACCGGAAAUCCGAUUCCAAGUUGGGUCAAUCGUCUUGCCAGAAUCGGUUUUUUGUGCAACUGUGUUCUUCCUGUGACACUGAACUCAACAAAAGUUAGGCAUCACAGAAUGGAAGAGAAGCCAUGCGAGGGAGAGAAGGAAGCUUUGGCGAGUGAGGGAAAGAAACCAACUUCAACACCAUCCCCUGCGAGAGGGCGCAGGGGAAGGAGUAGAACCCGACGCCCACUCCCUCCUCCUUCACCGUUGAUUGUUGGGUCUUCUUCGUGAUCUUCAUCAACGCCCAAAAUCUUUUCUUUUUCUUUUUGAUUUGGCCAAUCACAGAGAAGUUGCUCGAUCGAAGAAAAGCAACAGAUUGGAUUCUGAGUUUAAAAUUGUUUUUCUUCAUUCUUUACAUCCAAUAACAUUAUAAAAAUACCAGCCAGGAAUCCCGCGUUCAAAA